UUGAUCACUGCUGCCACAUGUGUUUGUUCGCUUCACGCCGAAUAUAUCAAAUUAUCAAGAUGUUGUUUACCACUUAUCUGCCUGUUGCUCUGGUGGUCGUAUGUGCCGAAGCUGGUCUUCUCCGUUCCCGACAAAUUCAACUGCAAAAUGCUCUUCAAGCGGCUAAGCUGCAGGCAAAGCAGUCCAUGGGUAGCGGUACUACGCCAUACAAUUCCAUGGCGCCCUCAGCUACUCCAGGAUCCGUGACCUCGGGUUCAAAUGUGCCGUCAUCGUCGGUGCCGGUGCCGGCAACAGUAACGGCUGCCCCUUCAGUUCCAACACCACCAGCGGGACCAGACAUUGUGUCUUCUACAAGUGGUCCAGCCACACUGGGGACACUUCCAGCCAGCGGACCAGACAGUGAACAAGCUUUCACCAUGACAGAGGCACCAGCUGGUCGGCCAGCUGGAACUGUUGUGGGCGGCACCACAACGCCGGCAUCCAACGACGCGAUCGUGACAACGGUAGCUAACCGACCGGCCUGCUCCGGCGGCUCCGGAAAGACAUGUAAUAUCAAGGGUGGACCCGGACUCAGUCGACAACCGAACAUCGUCUUUUUCUUGGCGGACGAUCUAGGUCAUGCUGAUCUCAGCUACGCCUCGGGUAACCUGCAGACUCCCACUCCGAAUAUCGACAAACUGGCUUGGGACGGCAUCGCCUUUUCUCGCCACUAUUGCAAUCCAAUCUGCACACCCACGCGAUCUGCUCUGAUGACCGGAAAAUACACAUUCCGCAUUGGUAUGCAAACGGCCGCCAUCAGCGACGGCGAACCAUGGGGUGUUCCGGUUGAAUUUAAGAUGUUCCCGCAGUAUAUGAAAGAUCUUGGAUACGAUACUUGGGGUGUUGGAAAGUGGCAUCUUGGACAAUCUGUUCGCGCUUUCUUUCCAUCAAGCCGGGGCUUUGACCAAACGUAUAUGUUGAUGUCCGGGGAUGGUAACUGGUUCAAUUACACAACAGGAUGGAUCACACCUUUUCCAGUGGCAGGGAAAAUGCUUCGAGAAAACGGAAAAAUUGUCUUUGCAAACGUCACGAACAACGCGUUCUUACCAGAACUGUUCACAAAUCAUGCCGAGAAAUGGAUACGAAAUGCCAAUCCGAAUAAUCCAUUCUUCUUGUACUUCGCGACGACGGUGCCCCAUACAGCGUUCGAAGACUACGGUGCCGUUAUCCAUACAAUGCCACAGUACCAACUCCGUCCAUCAGCUAUCUCUUUCACGGACAAAUAUCCAAGCCGCAAGAAAUACUUGGCCAAUAUCCAGUUACUGGACGAGCAAUUCAAGCGAAUCACCGACGCACUGACGUACAAAAGCCUCAUCAACAAUACCAUCAUUGUGUUCUUUGCCGACAACGGGGCUCCUAUUCCACCCUCCUAUCAGUUUGUACACGGUAGCAAUCACGGAAGCAACUGGCCGUUACGACAAGGCAAGGGCGUCAUGUUUGAGGGCGGUGUUCGCACUAACGGUUUCAUUUGGUCGCCUCUUCUGCCUAAGCGUGGGCGCAUAACCAGCCAGUUGUUCCACGUCACGGAUUGGUUGCCGACAAUGUACGAAGCCGCCGGUGGAGAUGUUAACCAACUGGGCGACAAACCGGGUGACCUUAGUGGCAUUAGCCAAUGGAACUCUCUCUACAACGGGCUGAAUUAUGGUCCUCGCACAGAACUGGUGAAUAAUAUUGAUGGUACAAAUAACCAGUACGCGAUGAUCUAUCAGGACACGUAUGGUGGUUUGUACAAGCUCAUCGGCGGAGAAAUAUUCGACAAUAGUUUCCUGGGAUGGUACCGUACACCGGGUACCUCCGACAACGAUCCGCAGACCGUCUGGACACCGUUAGCCGUUGACUGCGUUUUUCCACCGGGUGUGGAGGUCAGCAAAUGCGCACCACAUUUGAGUGACUGUUUAUUUGACCUGGUCAACGAUCCUUGCGAGCUGAAUAACAUCGCUGCGUCUUACCCUUCUAUGCUUAAGACGCUGAAGGACAAGAUUGCCGUGUAUAACACAACGUUUUUCCCAUCAAGAAAAGUUUCUUACGAUCCGGCUUCCGAUCCGGGUAAAUACUGGGACGGCAUCUGGGUGCCCUGGAAAGAUCCUGUGGAAGUUAUCGAUAACCCACCUCUUACCUUUUUACCUUUUAACCCCUCCAGUUCGUACUAGGUCAAAUGCUUUUGUAGCGUUUGUACAUAAUUCUUGUUUAUUAUCACAGUUUGUACAUAGUAGAAAUCAAUAAAAUAAACAUGGUGAUGGAGAUGAGAGAAAAUGAAAUAAA